AUGACAGAUAAAACUGAACCCUUUUUUAAACAGUUGUAUAAACUGACCCAUCAUAUCGAUACUAGUAUCAGUGAACUCCAUGGUAAACUAGAGGAGAAGGUCGACUAUAACUGUGAUAAUAGUCAGUCUGUUGCUAUUUUACAUGAUACUAAAAAGGAAGUGAGACAAUUGAAGAAAGAAGCUCAGUCAACUUUCACAGAUUUUUCAUGCAAUGGUAAAAAUUUUGGCAGAAUUUUAUCAGCUUGUCAGAGUUUUAUAGAUUCCUCUAGAAGUCAGUUGAAUAAAAUAGAGGAACAUUUAUCUAGUUAUGGCUACACGAGACAAGUUUCUCAAUCUAACAAAAUGUCCAAUACAGCUACAGAAACCGAGAAUGAAGAUACUGAUGAAAAUGAUGAUGAUGAAGAUGUUGAUAAUGAAGAUUAUGAUGAAGGAACAUAUGUUGUAAAAAAUGGAAAAUCUAAAGACAUCACGACACCAUCUCCAACCAAAAAUAAGAAACCUGACCUCAGUAAAACACCUAAAUUAGAAGAUUUUGGUAUUAGUAGUUAUGGUAUGCAGGCUAUGUUUAGAUAUACACAGAAUAAACAACCUUCAGUAAGACCAAGUGAAAUAAAAGAUGAAGCAAUGGAACCACCAUGUGGCCAUUACCAUAAUAGGAUAGAUUCUGUACCCCAGGCAUUUCAACAUAAUGGUCUGACAGUAACACCUAGUAUAGUGGGAAUGUUUCAAUGGCCACCACAAACACCAGAUAGUUGUACACCUGCACCAUCAUUUAAGAAGGGUCUGUACUAUCAAAAUAACACAUUCAGUCCAGAAGUUUUCAGUCAGAAAUCAAAAACAUCACAUCUGGAAAGUCCAGUACCACCAGCCUUUCGCACACCAGGAAUAAAUCAGUUGAAUAAAGUUCAGAUAAAUAAUGCAGUUCUACCACAGCCAUCUUUUACAACAGACCUAGAUAGUCCAGCACCUCCAGUCUUUCAAACGCCUGGUAUGAAAUAUUCAGGUAAUAUAAUAAAAGAAAGUAUGAAACACAGUGAGCUAUUAGAGAAUAAAGUGAGUCAUGAUUAUAUGUUAGAAGAACCAGAAUUACCAGAAUUAACCAUGACAUUCCAGGAUAUCAGCCAGUUAACAAGUUAUAAAAAUAAGAAGACUACUGCCACUGCUGAAGAAGUCAAUGAACCACAGAAACCUUUAGGAUUGAAGGCUAAGUUUGGUUAUGAUGCAGAUAUAGCCACUCCACCUCAUUUAGAACUACUAUCAUCAAGAUUGAUCAAGAUGGGUAUUGCACCAAGUAAUUCACCAUAUAAAACUCCACCUCAACCCACAUUAUUGAGUAGAUAUAGACAGAGAGGCAAUCAGGAAAAUAUUGCUCCUUAA